UGCCAGGCAGCUGACUGACUGAAUAGGGAGGAGCUGUGAAACUUUGCUGCGGUCAGUUAAUUCCUGCUGAUACGCCUUAACAAUCAACUCCCGUCUUCGACCACGCCAAAGGAAAACAAACAAACAAAAAAAAAACAAGACAGUGUUUGGAAAACAUAGGAUCAACUUUUUGGGAACCGUGAAGCUGGGACAAUUUGUGCGUAUUAAAAUGGGAAGCUGGAAGAAUCACGUGCGCGGUCAACUGCAAAACAGAGACCAAAGAGAGAAAGUCCCAUACGCUGGCGUCUUCACAAGCUUGUCUCAGUUGGAAGAGCGUUUUGAAAUUCGCAAACAAAUUUUAGAAGAUGUCCAGACUAAGAGUUUAGAGCGAGGUGGAGUUGAAGCUGGGAAAAACACAAGCCUCCUUCAACUCCAGCUAAGAGAAAGUGAACAUCUGGCAGAAAAGCUGUCUCAGACUGUCUCCGACUUGACCACUGUCCUGUAUUUGAAAGAGGCUGAACUGCAAUACUGGCAGUCACGUGUUUCCCGUCACCGCCAAGAGGCACUUACUCUGGCUAAAGGGAGUAAAACCCUGAAGGCGACCCUUUCCGAAUAUGAGUUCACCAUAGAGUGUCAAUGCAAAGAGCUGGCAGCUCUGCAUGUGGAGCAGAAAGAACUAAAAGAAGCAGCAGCACAAGCUUGGAAAGAGAAAGAAGAACUCUUGCAACGAUGGAUGGAGGAGAAGAGGGAGGAGGCAGACAGACUGAACAAGUACAAUGACACUCAGGAAAGGUGGCAACGUUUAGCCAAACAAUUGAAGAAGCACCUCCACAAGGAGAUGGCACCAGGUUAUGAUCCCAUAGAGACCAGCUCUUUGAGUGGGAUCAAUAGUACAACAGAUAUCCACUAGGGACACGCAGAACACAAUCAUGUCCCAGCUGUGGAAAAAGUCUAAUAACUUUAUGGGAUCCCAGAGACGACAAUUCACAGUACGAUUACCUCUCGGUCCAUUUCCCCUCGCUUGAAGUUUAAAAACUUAAUUGCCCACCUGUGACACCAGAACAAUGACCAAGGAAUGACUCUUAGGACAAAUUGUUUUUUGUUCAUAUUUGUCUCUGGGUUUUUUUUAUAAUUUAAAAAAUUUAAAGAUUCACUAUAUUCUUCAAAUAUAUUGUUUAAUUUAGAUUUUGUUACAGUGCCUAAUUUACGUUUACUGCUUUAAUUAAAGUCAUCCUUUACACAAGAAAUGUCAAAUUACGCUGCAGUUAACUUAUCACAUCUGGACAUUGUCCUGACUGACACCUCUCACUAAAGAAUUUUAAAGUCGGUACAUUUCAUAUAAACAGUCAAGGCUCAGUAUUAGUGAUGAUUAUGUGUUAAUUCCACCUUUUAACUUUGUUUCUUUGCAAAAAAAAAUAACAUGAAGCAUUUUUAAUUCCUAGGCUGUAGUCUUUUGUAAAGGAAACUGAAAAUGUAUUAAUCUGGGACCUUUUAAAGAUUACUUUUUUAACAUGUUUUAAAAUAAACUUUUGAAUCAUGAACAUUUCUUAUUAAAAUGGAAAAACCUGCAUGUACUCUGUCCCAGAUAAAGAUAUGUAAUUGUGUUGUUUUUUUUCUAUAUCAAGUGUUGUGGAAAAUAAAGUCACUUAUGUGCUAA